AUGGAAAAGUUAUCGGAUGGAAUGUGGAAAUCAGCGCCUGCGAGCCCACGCCGUCUGUCCGAUAUCAGCCCACAACUUCGACAGUUAAAAUUCCUGGCCGUCGAAGAAGAAAUAAAAGAGGACUUCAAGUCUUCCCGCUCGGUGGAGGACAUAAAAAACGCGUCCAUCGAGGAGCGCAUCCUCAGGAUCACGGGCUACUACGGCUACCAGCCAUGGAGCGCCACCAGCCCAGUUGUGGAGAAGCCAAACAAAGAGAGGGUGGAAGUGAAGGUUGAUGGCCAUAUUGGGACAAAUGUGAUAAAUGUGGAGCGUACAAGUAGGCAGCAGAUGGUACGUUGCUGUCUGUGCUGGACUGUAGCCCACCUGAAGCAGGCACUUUGGGGUAUCACUGUGGUUCUCUGUGUCUGUUCAUCCUGGACGGGAUCCACUCAGCUGGCCAAACUAACACUCAGACAACUCAAUGUUCCUUUCACUCUCACCUGCUUUUCUAAUUCCUGGAACUGCCUCCUUUUCCCCCUAUACUACCUGGGCCACCUGUGCUGGAGCAAAGAGAGGCAGAGCAUUCGAAAGCGCUUCAGGGAGUGCUGUCAGUUCCUGGGUGAUGAUGGACUGUCAUUGAAAACGCUGCUGUCAGUACUGGCACCAUUUGGAGUGCUGUGGACACUCACCAGCUACUUGUACCUACAGGGCCUACGCAGGAUCCCUGCAACAGAUGCCUCAGCUCUCUUCUGCUGCAGCCGUGCAUUUGUAUUUCUCAUCUCUUGGAUUGUGCUGCGUGAUCGCUUCAUGGGUAUCAGGAUUGUUGCAGCCAUUUUAGCCAUUGCAGGCAUAGUAAUGAUAACGUAUGCUGAUGGGUUCCACAGUCACUCUGUGAUUGGCAUUUCCCUGGUGGUUGGAUCUGCAUCAACAGCAGCCAUGUACAAGGUACUGUUUAGGCUGGUUUUGGGUAGUGCCAAGCUGGGUGAGGCUGCAUUGUACUUGACUGUCCUUGGAGGAGCCAACAUGGUCUUCGUCAGCAUUGUACCUCUCAUACUCAUUCUCACUGGAGCUGAGGAUAUUGGCUCGCCCAGAGAUAUACCUUGGCACAGUCUGUGUUGCACAGCUGCACUACUGCUGGUGUUCAAUUUCCUGAUAAAUUUUGGUGUUUUGAUAACACUUCCUACAUUGAUUUCUUUGAGCAUUGUCCUCAGUGUACCUGUUAAUGCUGUAAUAGACCACUACAUGUGUGAGAUCCAGUUCAACAGUGUGCGUAUCAUUGCUGUGUCCACCAUCUGCCUGGGCUUCCUGUUGCUGCUGCUCCCAGAGGACUGGGAUCAGUAUCUGCUGCAGCUUCACUCUAUGGUGUGUAACAGGAAGAAGCCGCAAGAGGGAAACAGAGACACACACACUGAAACACCACACGUUCACUCUAGCAAGACAGGAAACUGCACGGCUGAAACAGCAAGUUCUCAUUAAGGUGAAGUUUGCUUCAUGUCACAAGAGGAGCAUUGCAUUCACAUCAAUGUUACCAAAAUAUCUGUACCUACAUAGGAAGAUAAUCUAUGUAGGACUGCAGAUUGGGAUGAGUAGACUAUGCAGUACUUCUUCAUUUGCUAUUUACAGAGACUGUCAAAACAGAGGAAUGAGAUGAACGCUGACUCCAUCUUUUAUUCACUGCAUCAAAGCACAAGACUGUGUAAUGUAGCAUCUUGCAUAAUUCAGAGUUCUGGAUGAAAAUGAUUUAUGCUGCAUUUGUUUUAUAUUGGACUGCUAUAUUUAAUACAGCCUAGUAUAUGGCGACCUUAAUGAAUAUCCUAUUCAUUCUUAACCAAGA